UCGCUAAUGAGGCCGAGGACAUACACAGUAAAAACAGUUUGUUCAGAAAAUUAAAAGUUAUAGGUUACAAGUUAACGUUAAUUCUUCAGUGAUGAAGUUAUAGGUUACAAGUUAACGUUAAUUCUUCAGUGAUGAAGUCAGUGGUAGUCAAUCUAAUAUUUAUUUGUUAUAGCUAGGGAUUGAAUGCAUGUCUUCUUUUAAUCAACCUUUAAUCAUUACCGACUUAUUGAACGUCGUGCAAAUUGUAACCUUUGCUGUUGCUGAACUCUGCGAACGUCCUCUUGAAAGCAUUUGCUGUUUCUUAAUAUGGUGGUGUUACAUGUGUGAUCUCAUUGAUGACAGUAGAGGGUCUUCAUUUGUAAGGAACGUAUAUAUGUAAGGCUACGUAAUGGUGAUCUGCAAAUACUAUCUACAGGGUACCUGCAAAUUUGGCAGUAACUGCAGGUUUGAACACAGACGUUCCGAUUAUUCAGCUUCUGGGGGAGGGAGAUUUGGAGCACAGCAGUUUACGCCGAAUAAUUAUUAUAAUCAUGGAAGAAAUCCUGGAGCAUACAGAGUUGGAAACGCAUCACACGAUUUUGAAGAAAUUGUGCAAAUGGUCAUGCAAGAAGUUGUUCAGAGCGAGAAGGGGAAUCAGUGGCCAUUGACCUGCUUUUCACCCAUCAAAGAACGAGCUUGUUUUCCUGGAUGGGUGGACUAUUCUCCAGAAGAAAUUCGGUGGAAAAUGUAUGAGGCUGCCCAGAAUGGCACACUUCCUGAAUGCCAGAGACAGGUUGCAGAAUUGUAUGAUGCGGCUAGACUCCGAAGACAAUCUAUAUUGAAUCCAAAUAGUGAAGUAUGUAACAUAAUUCAGAAGAUAUUACGUGGAGAAAAGAUUGAGACAGAGACAAGCUUUUCUUUUUUACAAGCUGCAACACAAGUGAGCAACAGAAAUUUAGCAUCAUGGAGCUCAUCAAAUUAUGGAAACAGUCAGCAACAAAAUCCCGUUUCCAGUAACUUUGUCUUUUCACUACCACAGUUAGGAGGUUCAUCUGAACAUACUGCAGUUCAGCAACAGCCCAGUGGGUUUUAUAGCAAUGUACAAGUUACUCCUAAUAUUGGGAUACAUUCAUCUAGUAUAUUUAGCAGUUCAUCUGAUGUACAGGUGCCCCUUGGUACUGUUGCACAAGAUUCUUCAAGUUUUCAGACAGAGUGGCCCUCAGGUUCUGUACUUCAUGGAAGUGGGAGUGAUUUCAGUUCUUCUGUUACUUGGAAUAAAACAGAAAAUACAACUGCAGAUAAUUCUUUGUAUUCAUCACAAGCUGAACUCUCUGAAGAUGAACUGAAUGCAUAUAUUGCUCAGACAUUUACAAUUGGAAAAGUACCAACAAAACCACCACCCAAAGAAUUGUGUGCUUUGUAGAAUUGCCUUAUAUGGGAAGAAUUGAAAUAUGUUGUAGUGUGUAGAGCCAUUACUAUGUAAUGACCGCAAGAUAAGCCGUUCGUAGGCAAGAGAUCUGGAAACAUGUUCCGGAAGCAACAGACUUGACCGCAGUGAUGGUACAGCAACAGAGGAAUGGCGUUUUCUAUGUGAUCCAUGCUGAGGUGUCAACUGGAGUGGUUUGGGUUUUACUAGUUAGUUGCAAGGGUGCUCAAUUGAAAAUCUGGCUGAGAAGAGAAGACUAUAUGUGAGAUAUUUGCUGUGUGUAACUCAGUGAGACCAUUCAUUCAUUCAUUCAUUCCUUCUUUUAUUAAUCCUGUAGAUCAAUAUAAUGAUAUGGGACAAGUCUUUCAGCUAAUAUACAUUAUUAAAUUACAACAAUCUUAAUACUGAAAAGUUAUAUAAGAUAUACAACAUUUUAUAUGCUAUAUACUCGUACUAUAUACUUCUGCUUAUAUCAGUAGCCAAUAAUCGAGAAUUCAUCGUUCAAAUAGUCCUCCGUUGAGUAACAGCGCCUCUGAAUAAGUAGCUUCUUCAGUUCCCUUGUGAACUGAAUUUUGUUUUCUAUUUCAUUUAUGUUGUUAGGCAGUUUGUUUUAGAAGAUACAGCCAGCUACUGAAGGAUUACUAUUAUAAAGUUCUAAGUUGUGCCCAUGUAUAUGAUAGUCUUUAUUAUUUCUUGUGUUAUAUGUAUGUAUUUGUUGAUUCACUGUGCAGUUACACUUUUUUUUACAUGUAGGAUUGUUUCUUGUAUAUAUAGCGAGUAUACUGUUAGUAUCUUUAGAUUUCUAAAGCUAUCUCUGCACGAUUCCAGAUGUUUUAGCCCUGCAAUGUAUCUUACUGCCCUUUUUUGGAGUACAAAAAUUCUUCUAGUGAGGGUCUUAGCACCAUGUCCCCAUACUAUUGUUCCAUAAGAUAGAUGAGGAUAGAUCAAACCAUAAUACAACUUUCUUCUUUCAUUUAAAUUGGGUAUUUUAGAUAGCCUGUUAAUUAUGAACAGAUUACGGCUAAUUCUACUGUAGGCUUUUUCAAUAUGUAAUUCCCAACUCAAGGUACUAUCUAUUACUAUCCCCAGACAGUUUAUGCUUUUUACAUUUGAUAUUUCCCUGUUCUUUAUUAGUGUUUUUAGAUUACUUUCCUGCCUGCAUUGUUUUGUCUGGAAGAGAAUAUAGUGAGUUUUAGAUGGAUUUAUAAAUAAAUUAUUUGUCUCAAAGUAUUGCUCUACCACUCCUAUAUUAUUUGAAGUCUUGUUUUGGAGCUCAUUCAUAUCUUGUCCUACAUUCAGUAUUGAUGUGUCAUCAGCAUACAUUACUGAUCUGCCUUGUGUUAGAUGUGGGAUAUCGUUUAUAUACAAGAUGAAGAGUAAUGGGCCAAGGACCGAUCCCUGGGCGACUCCGUAUCUGACUGGGAGGCUACUCGACAAAUAUUCUUUCAUGUGAUUGCCUUCUGUGUGUGUUACUUUUACGUGUUGAGUUAUAUUUCUGAGAUAGGAUUUGAUUAGCUUAUGAGGUAUA